UGGGCGGGGUUUUAUUUAACUGAGCGGUGGAGCGGUGCGAUAGACACAACGGCAGUCACCUGAAUACGCGCGACUGGAAGUGAGCAAUAACCAUAACAACAUUUUCAGUUAUGAAGUUAUUGGUGGCACUCGGGAUUUUGCUACUGACGCGGUUCACACAAGUUCUGUCGUGUAAUGGAAGCCCUCAUUAUUGCAAGCUUCACUUUGAUCAGUUUACAUUCGCCGCCACACAUAAUUCCUACGCUGGUGCCCAGGACACACCGUUUCUUUUGUACGGGAGUAGACUGGUACCUGGUGCUAGCUGCUUCGCUCGAAACCAGGACGACAGUAUUACGCAACAGCUUGAGAAUGGUAUUCGGAGUAUCGAGAUAGACACGUGCAGUAAGGAGGAGUAUGUCAGCCUUUGGGAACAGACUAAAGUUACCACGACUUACUCCUGUAGAAAGGUGUUAUUCGCUGACCCUGUGGAAUCAAUCCUGAAGGAGAUCGAUCAGUGGUUGAAUCAGAACCCGCGCGAAAUUGUCGUCAUAUCCUUCACCAGAAACUACGAGCCCUGGAACGAGCGCACUAUCGCACGUGAUAUCGAAGAUAAGCUGAGAUCCCUGUGGUGGGACCAGUCCCCCUCAUCCUUGUCCAUGAAUGACGAGUUCGCCACCUCGGGGAGAUGGCCAACACUUGGCGACGCAGUUAGACGUAACCAACGCGUGUUCGUUUUUGUUCACCCCAAGCUCGCAUCCCACAUGGGGACUCCCUCUUGGGCGCAUAACCCAACGAUAAUCGCGCAAACUGAAACAACUAUCAAGUACGCCCUCUCAAACAAAUGCCGAAAAUUAGUCCCAAGCCUCGCAAAAUCCUGUUUGACCGCAAAAGAACUGGUAAGCGUUGAUCUGUACCUGACAAGGGGGCUACCUGUGUGCACUACUGUCCGUGCAGAUGCGUGUAAUAGACUGGUACUAGAUGCUGCGAGGGCUUGUUACAACAAGCGGAAGUCUCUGGAACGCACUGUGAAUUUCUUGAAGAUUGAUUUCCCUGGGCGCAGGGGAAAGGCGGGGUACAGGGCGCUUAAAGAGGCGGCGGCUUAUAUCAACAAUCAGAAUCUGGAGACUUUCACUAGAACUGAUGUUGAUGCACUUUGAAGGGGCUGAAGUCAUAAGAAAACCUUAAGGCGAUUUAGCUUUUAGAAAUGAUCGGCGAUAGUUCUCAGAUAUGAAAAGCUGUAGUUACUGAUUUGAAUAUCAUUUCUUUAGCAAAUAUGUAGGGAUUUUUCCUGGGAGUAAAACAGUUCUAUGAUUAAUGUCCAUAAAAGUCUGAAGCUAAAUAAUAAAAUAAAAUGUUAAAAAAAAAA